GAGUUAUGUUGUAAAUAUUAUUUUCUUACUUUGUUAGUGUUUUGCUAAUUUUUUUUACACGUCGGGCCAGACGAGGAAAGAGCGAGUACACAAUUCUUUCAAAAUCUAUGCAUAAAAAAUAGCAAAUAGUAAAAAUUACUCGUUUACAUGAGCUUUUGUGUUUAUAUUGUUUCGUGACAUGCGGGCUAUCGAGUAGUUUGUGAUAAUCUUCAUUAAUGGUGUUUUUCGUGUAUUUUGACGCAAAUAUUGGUGCAAUCACAACUAUCGAUUAUUUAAUAAAAAAACAAUUUUUCCUCUUAAUGAAAGUGAUAACGUAAAAAACAGAAAAAACUAGAAUUCGGGGAAGCGUUAGUGAUACGUGAAACUCGUUGCACUGUGUACGAAAAAAUAUAUAUCUUAACUGUAAAUCAAUUAUUGUAGUAAACAUUAGAAUAGAAUGAACCGGACUAGAAAAAAGGUUGAACGUCCAAAAAAUCCAUAUGAAACGGUGAAUUUUCUCUCAAGCUGGAGUUUCUGGUGGAUGAGAGACAUCUUUCGGCAGGGACUUCGGGGGCCACUUAGGGAGGAGGAUUUAUAUCAAAAUCUUAGCUCAUUGGACAGCGAAACACUUACCGAUAAAUUCAGUAAGCUCUGGGAAGAUGAGAGAUUGCGUGAGAAACCCAGUAUUUUGCGCGUGAUUGGACGUGCUUAUGGAUCAGUAUUUUUGCCACUUGGUGUUCUCUAUUCCAUAAGUGAAUCGAUUUGCAAAUCUAUACAACCGUUACUACUUGGCGGUUUUGUGGCCUACUUUGUCGAGGGCCAGACUACCACUACCGAAUCACAAGCUUACCAAUUCGCUGCCGGCAUCGUGCUAUGCUCUGUGAUACCUGUAAUUGCAUUUCACCCAUUCAUUUUCUACAUUAUUCGAGUAGGCACUAAAAUAAGACUCGGCUUAUCAGGUCUCAUAUAUCGUAAAUGCUUACAAAUUUCGAAAAACGCCAGUAACGAUGGUUUGCGUGGACGCGCCAUUAAUAUCCUAUCAAACGAUGUAGGACAAUUCGAUGUGGCGCUAGCGUUUCUACAUGACCUGUGGAAGGGACCGGCUGAAUCCUUGAUCAUAGGCUAUCUUAUGUAUCGAGAGAUUGGCAUAUCAGCAAUCAUUGGAGUGGCAUUCAUGCUGAGCUUUAUUCCUUUACAAGCAUACGUUGGCAAAAAGGCCGCGUAUUAUCGUCGCAGAACUGCCGAGCGUACGGACUUGCGUGUAAAAUUAAUGAAUGAAAUUAUUCAGGGCAUUCAAGUGAUCAAAAUGUACGCGUGGGAAAAUUCAUUUGCCAAACUCAUAGCGGACGUACGACUAAAGGAGGUCAGGGCCAUAAAGGGUACUUCUUACAUACACGCCGCUCUGGGCUGUACUUCAAUGAUAUCACCACUGUCGGUUUUCCUCGCAUUGGUGUCUUACAUUUAUCUCGGCGACUCAUUGACGGCCAAGCGUGUGUACACCGUAUCUUCCUAUUUUAAUAUGCUUAAUGAUUCGAUGGUACACUUUUGGCCGUUGGCAAUAACUUUCGUAUCUGAGGCAACGGUAUCCGCCAAGCGUGUUGGAGAAUUUUUGCAAGACGGCGAUGCUGCAGCGACUCCUAUACUUAUAAAUGAUAAGAAAUCUGAAGCAAAAAAUAAUAAUAACAAAGGCAGUGAAAAAGUGGAACUGAAUGGGCAGAUUAAUAAUUUGCCGAAUUCUUAUGAUUCCUCAAGUGGCCGCGAAAUUUAUCCUAACGCUGAGCAGAAGGGCAUUGAUAUAAGAAAUGUGAGCGCCACAUGGGAUACCAGUGAGCCCAAUGAUUUCAAGGGCAAUGUGGCGCUUUCGGAUAUUAAUGUUAAAAUUGAAGAAAGAGCCUUAGUAGCCAUAGUUGGUCCCGUGGGCUCUGGAAAGUCCACGCUGCUCAAUGCAUUACUCGGGGAAGUGAAAAUAAAUUCCGGCCUAAUAGUGAUCAAUGGCAAAAUAUCCUACGCCGCUCAAGAGCCUUGGGUUUUUGAAGGUACUGUGCGCGACAACAUCGUAUUCGUGGACUCAUACAACGAGCGGCGCUACAAGAAAGUCAUCAAAGUUUGCUGCCUAGAACGCGAUCUAGAACUAAUGCCCAAUGGGGAUUUAACAAUUGUGGGGGAGCGCGGUGUAAGCUUGAGUGGUGGACAAAAAGCGCGUGUAAAUCUAGCUCGCGCAAUUUAUCACAGAGCUGAUAUUUAUCUGCUGGACGAUCCACUAUCCGCUGUGGAUACUCAUGUGGGCAAGCAUAUCUUCGAGCGGUGUGUUGCAGAGUUUCUGAAUGAUAAGAUAGUCAUUUUAGUCACACACCAGCUCCAGUACCUUUUCGAUGUGGAGCAAUUAGUUCUCAUGAACUCGGGACGUAUUGAGGCCAAAGGCAGGUAUCAAGACUUGCAAAAAAACGAGAAAUAUCAAUUCCUACUGAUGCAAGCCACUUACGAGACACAAAAUGAGCCAGCAGAUUCAACGGAUGCUAUUAGUAUUGAUAGCCAUAUGUCUCGCAGUGAAUCGGAGAAGAGCAUGGAACAUCAUCAGUUGUUAAGGCCGGAUGAAAUACCUGUCGAGGAUGAGAACCAGGAGCAACAGGCGGUGGGCUCGGUGAAGUUCAGCGUGUAUAUGUCGUACUUUAAGUCACUUGAAAGCCCCAUUUUACAAUUGAUUAUCAUGGCCUUAUUUAUAUGUGCGCGCUUUAUGUUGACUGGUGUGGAUUACUUUUUGUCCAGAUGGGUAAUUUGGGAAGAAAAGGUAUCGAUAGCAAAUGGCGACCCUCUAGCAGAUAUAUAUGAAAAUGCUACCCUCACGAGGAAUGAAACUCUAGCAAAUAUAUAUGAAAAUGUUACUCUCAAGGGGAAUGAAACUCUGAACAAUCGAACGCUGGAACACGAUAUGGAUGAUGAAGAAGCACACCGGCAGGAAUUAGUGGUUUCCUACGCUAUUAUACUGGGUGCAACAAUGGUCGUCUAUAUACUGCGUACUUUCGGGUUCUUCAGAAUGUGUCUUCAAAUAUCUUUGAAACUGCAUGAUCGUCUUUUCCGUGGUAUUACCCGCACAAGCAUGCAUUUCUUUAAUGUCAAUUCAUCUGGUAGGAUUCUGAAUCGCUUUUCUAAAGACAUUCGCGUGGUUGAUACUGAUGUGCCACACACUCUGUUGGACUGCAUAGCGUUCGUUAUCGAUGUUUCUGGUGUUCUUAUAAUUGUCGCCGUUGCCAAUUAUUGGCUGUUGGUACCAGCUGCAUUUAUUGUCACCUGUCUAUUUCUGUUCCGGUACAUCUAUAUCAAUACCAGUCGCAGUGUUAAGCGAAUAGAUUCAAUUACUCGUAGUCCCAUUUAUUCAUUGACAAAUCAGACGUUUCAAGGACUUAGUACCAUACGGGCUCUACAAGCUGAGUCUGCACUUGAUUCUGAAUUUCACGAUUACAUGAACGGCAAUACUUGCGCCUGGUUUCUAUUUAUAUCUAGCACCCGCGCCUUUGCCAUAUGGUCCGACGUUUUGUGUGUCCUUUACAUUGCGGCUGUGACUUUUAGCUUUCUGGUGUUACGCAGUGAGUUCAAUAGCGGCGAUGUUGGCUUGGCUAUAUUGCAUUCUAUGACCAUGAUUGGUAUGUGCCAGUGGGGCAUGCGGCAAACGGCGGAAUUGGAGAAUGAUAUGACUAGUGUGGAACGUAUACUCGAGUACACGCAGCAGCCACCAGAGCCGCCAUUGCAUACAGAUCCACAUAAAAAGCCAAAGGGUGAAUGGCCCAGCGAAGGGCGCAUAGAGUUUGUUGAUUUGAAAUUACGGUAUUCUCCGAAGGACUCUUAUGUACUGAAAGGCUUGACCUUCACCAUAGAACCUCAAGAGAAGAUUGGUAUUGUUGGGCGUACUGGUGCGGGAAAAUCUUCCAUUAUACAGUCACUGUUUCGAUUGGCCUGUAAUGAGGGUGUGAUACGGGUGGACGAUGUAGAUAUAGAAAGCCUCGGAUUGCAUGACUUAAGAACCAAAAUAUCAAUAAUACCUCAGGAUCCAGUAUUGUUUUCAGGCACUUUACGCUACAAUUUGGAUCCCAUGGAAGAGCGUAGUGAUGAUGAAGUGUGGAAGGCAUUGGAAGAUGUAGAACUAAAGUCGCAUGUAUCCACGUUGAUUGGGGGCAUUGCCUGCCGUAUGUAUGACGGGGGAUCAAACUUAAGUGUGGGCCAGCGGCAGUUAGUGUGCCUAGCACGAGCUAUCCUCAGGAAUAAUAAGAUACUUAUACUAGACGAGGCGACCGCCAACGUUGAUCCAGAGACCGACAAGUUAAUUCAGAAAACGAUUCGUAUCAAAUUCGCCAAAUGCACAGUGUUGACCAUAGCACACCGUCUGCACACUGUUAUGGAUAGCGAUCGUGUGCUGGUAAUGGAUGCCGGGCAGAUGGUAGAAUUGGGUCAUCCAUAUGAGUUGCUGCAGCAUCCGAAUGGCUUUCUAAGACAAUUGACCGACCACACUGGAUUUUCGAUGGCCAAUAUGCUGAUGCAAGCAGCCGAGGCGAGUUACAAACAAAGCAAAAAGGAUCUGUGAAUAGCCGGAUACGCAGGCUUUGCCAUUAAGUACUAUAACCAUUAAAACAUUUAAUGUGAUAAAUUAUUUUUGUAACUAGCGAAUUCUAGAAGAAGAAUUUUGAACGAAAUCAAAAUAUUACGCAUUAUUACUUAAUUCAUGUAAAAUUAU